CGAUAACUGUUUACACCUGUAGCAAACACCUGGUAUUAUUUUGAUAGCAAAAUGGCAGGGCCAAGUGAACUUUCGAAAGAAGCGAUAAAAAGUUUUAUGCUAGAUCAUGGUGGUAAAGUAACAAAUCAUGAACUCGUAAAAUAUUUUAAACCAUUUCUGACCGAUCCGGAAACAAGAGUUGAAGCACGAAACUUAUUCAAAGAAUAUGUAAAUGACCUUGCCACUAUGCGCAAUGAAGAUGGGGAGAAGUACCUGAUCCUGAAGAAGAAACACCGUAUCCCCGGAGCGGUGAGUCCUGGGGGCUACGCCUCUCCCUCGCCAUCUCCGUCGCCUUCUCCGUCCGUGGAGUCGAUGGUGAGCAGUCCGGGCGGCUUGCAGUACGUGUCCAGCGAGUCCCUGGCCUCACCGUCGCGCCAGCCGCCGCCGUACCGGCCUCCCCCGACGCUAGGCGCCAGCCCCCAGCCGCCGUCUCCACAGUACCGCGAACCGCCCCCUCCGGCUGCUCCGCCGCAGUUACAGGGUGGCGGCGAACCCGCUGCACCCGAGCCCACGCCCCCGGUGCCCCCGCGCCGCAAGAGCAGCGACAGGAUCAGAACCGAAAACAAGGAGAACAUCGACGUCACCAAGCGCCCAAAGGCUACGGGAGCUGAACCAGCUGGCAAGGAGGACGCUGGCGAUCCUCCGGAACAGCUGAGCGUGAAGGAGCGCACUCAGGUUUUCAACAGGCUGGCCACCGAGGUGGACCUGCACAGGGCGCAAGCGCAGCCGGCCAAGAAGAAGCCCGAGCGGGGUGGAGCAGAAGACGAGGACUCCGUGUCCCUCACAUCGGAACCAAAGGCACGCGAGUGGCUGGUGGCAGCGGCACAGGGCAACCACAUGAAGCUGGCCAAGCUAGCGCAGGAGAACCCGCGCCUCGCGUCGCUCAGGGAUCCAACGAUGGUGAGUGCUAAUUCGAUACGAACAACGUUCUCGCCAGCUGUGAGUCAAACCAAACGGUUGAUCCUAGCAUAA